AUGGCAGCUGUCGAGCUAUCGCUUGAAGAGAGAGUUUCCCUGCUCUAUCUACUGUGGAGAGCAGAGCAGCGGGGGAAAAGACGUCCUUGCCUUCACCACUUGCUCCAGGAGCUGCGCCUGGAUGACGGCCGAUUUCAGCGAUAUCACCGUCUUUCACUCGGCCAGUUUGAGGACCUGCUGUCCCGCGUCGGUCCCAGAGUCGCCCGCCUGGACACCAACUACAGGCGCUCAAUUCCACCUGCAGAGCGCCUGUCCAUCUGCCUGAGGUUCCUUGCCACCGGGGACUCCUUCAGGACCAUUGUGUUCAGUUUUCGAGUUGGUGUGUCUACCGUGAGCCAGAUCAUCCCCCAGGUAGCGACAGCCAUCUGGGACUGUCUAGUGGAUGAUUUCAUGGCUGUUCCUUCACCAGGAGACUGGCAGUCCAUUGCAGAGGAAUUCCAGGAGCGCUGGCACUUCCCUCUCUGCUGUGGAGCUCUGGAUGGGAAGCACGUCCAGACGAAGGCACCCCCCAACUCAGGAUCCAUGUUCCACAACUACAAGGGAACAUUCUCCAUUGUUCUCCUUGCGGUUGUGGAUGCAAGGUAUCGCUUCCGAGUUAUUGAUGUUGGGGGGUACGGGAGGACCAGCGACGGGGGUAUUCUGGCCAACUCCACCUUUUGUCAGGCUCUUCAGGCCGGGACUCUCCAUCUGCCUCCUGACCAGCCUCUACCUGGUGGAGAACACCGUGGAGCCCAGCCCCAUGUGUUUGUGGCUGAUGAAGCGUUCCCGCUGCGGCGUGAGCUCAUGAGGCCUUUCCCUGGACACCUCCUCCCUUUAGAGAAGAGGAUUUUUAACUAUCGCCUUUCCAGGGCCAGGAUGAUAGUGGAGGGUGCCUUUGGUGUCCUCUCCUCACAGUGGAGGAUGUAUCGGCACUCCAUGGAACUCCGUCCUGAAAUUGCAGAGAAGUGUGUGAAGGCAACGUGUGUUCUCCACAAUUUUCUGCGCUGUUUGGACGAGAGAGGGGCACCUGCUGUGAGGAGUGUGGCACCUGCUGUGGUGGAGCCGUUGCAAAGCCUGGGCCGUGUAGCAGCAAACAACUCCUCCAGAGAGGCUGUCCUGGUGAGGGAGAAGUUCAUGGCCCACUUCUCGGCGGAGGGAGCUGUGACUUGGCAGCCAAAGGAGUAACCUUGUUUGAAGUCUGAGUGACUUCCCCACAACGGCUCUUUUAAGAGCCACCCACAAACCUGUAAAGAGUGU